AUGGCGCUGCCGUCCCAGGCCCCGUCUAACUCAGGGGAUCCGCUGUACCCGGAGCUCUGGCGUGCCUACGCCGGUCCGUUCAUCACUGUCCCCCGCAUCGGCGACCUCGUGGAGGCGUCCAUGAACCAGGUCGCCGGGAACCAGAUGCGCCUCUACGAUCUGCCCUCCAAGUUGCUCUGUCGCGUGCUCAACGUCGAGCUCAAGGCGGAGACGGACACCGACGAGGUCUACGCACAGAUCAUGCUCAUGCCAGAGCCCGAGCAAACCGAUGUGGCGGCUGAGAAGGCGAGUUCUGCGUCCGCUGCGUCGCCGAGGCCAGCAGUCAGGUCCUUCUGCAAGACGCUCACCGCCUCCGACACCAGCACACACGGCGGCUUCUCCGUGCUGCGCCGUCACGCUGACGAGUGCCUCCCUCCACUGGAUAUGACGCAGUCGCCUCCCACACAGGAGCUGGUGGCGAAGGAUCUGCAUGGCAUGGAGUGGCGCUUCCGCCACAUCUUUCGUGGGCAACCUAGGAGGCAUCUCCUUCAGAGUGGUUGGAGUGUUUUCGUUAGUUCCAAAAGGCUUGUUGCUGGAGACGCCUUCAUUUUCCUCAGAGGAGAAAAUGGUGAACUUCGAGUUGGUGUUAGGCGGGCUAUGAGGCAGUUGUCUAAUGUACCUUCUUCAGUCAUAUCUAGCCAAAGCAUGCACCUCGGAGUCCUUGCGACUGCAUGGCAUGCCAUCAACACCAAAUCCAUGUUCACUGUCUACUACAAGCCUAGGACGAGCCCUUCAGAGUUCAUCAUACCAUAUGAUCAAUAUAUGGAGUCAGUAAAAAACAAUCAUUCUAUUGGGAUGAGAUUCAGGAUGAGGUUUGAAGGGGAAGAGGCACCAGAGCAGAGGUUUACUGGUACAAUCAUUGGCUGUGAAAAUCUUGACCCACUAUGGCCUGAUUCGAGUUGGAGAUACUUGAAGGUGCGCUGGGAUGAGCCUUCUACAAUCCCACGACCAGAUAGGGUCUCUCCUUGGAAGAUAGAGCCUGCUUCAUCACCUCCAGUUAAUCCACUCCCACUUUCUUCUAGAGUAAAAAGACCUAGACAAAAUGCUCCUCCACCUUCACCUGAAGCAUCUGUUCUCAAAAAAGAAAGUGCAGCCAAGAUCGAUAUCGACUCUGCUCAAACACAACAUCAAAAUUCGGUGUUGCAAGGUCAAGAGCAGAUGACCUUGAGGAAUAACCUGACUGAAAGCAACGACUCUGAUUCCACUGUUCAGAAGCCGAUGAUGUGGUCCCCAUCGCCCAAUGGGAAAGCCCACACUAAUUUUCAGCAGAGACCUGCUAUGGAGAAUUGGAUGCCAUUGGGAAGGCGUGAAACUGACUUCAAGGACACACUUUCGAGAUCAGGGUUCAGCUCAUCGCUUAUGGAUCCAUACUUCUAUAUGGCUCAACAACCUUCUCUUACUGUUGAAUCAAGCACAAGGACACAAACAGCAAACAGUGACUUGCGUUUCUGGAGCGACCAGAAUAUGAUCUAUGGUAAUCCAGGUGAUCAACAACAGCAGAGUUUCAACUUUGGACAAAACCCAUCAAGUUGGUUGAACCAGCCAUUUCCCCAGGUUGAACAGUCACGAGUGGUCAGGCCCCAUGCAACAGUUGCUCCUUUUGAUUUGGAAAAGACUAGAGAAGGCAGUGGGUUCAAGAUUUUUGGGUUCCAAGUUGAUACAACCAGUCCAUCUCCUGUCCAGUUGAGCUCUCCAUUGUCUGCUAUCCGGGAACAUGUGGUACAAACUCGACCAUCGGCACCUGUGAAUGAAUUGCAACCUGUGCAAAAUGAGUGCUUGCCUGAGGGGUCUGUAAGCACAGCUGGAACUGCCACUGAGAACGAGAAAAGUAUUCAGCAAGCCCAGCAAAGUUCAAAAGAUAUUCAAAGCAAGUCCCAGGGUGCUUCGACAAGGAGCUGCACAAAGGUUCAUAAGCAAGGAGUUGCGCUUGGCAGAUCUGUGGACCUCUCUAAAUUCACUGACUAUGAUGAACUCAAAGCAGAACUAGACAAGAUGUUUGAAUUCGAUGGUGAACUAGUAUCUGCCAACAGAAACUGGCAGAUCGUUUAUACUGACAACGAGGGUGACAUGAUGCUUGUGGGAGAUGACCCGUGGGAAGAGUUCUGUAGCAUAGUGCGGAAGAUCUACAUCUAUACAAAGGAGGAGGUCCAGAAGAUGAACUCAAAAUCAUCUGCGCCAAGAAAGGAGGAACCUCUAGCAGCUGGUGAAGGUUGCGCCGCCCCCAAAUGA